AUGAAAAGGAGCGAACAGAUCAGUAGUUAUAAGGCUCCAUACUUUUUGAUGUGGCUGAGGUUGCCUGUCCUAAAUCAGGGUGAGACUGUAACCACUGUGCCUGAAGAAAUUAUCACCUGGUUCUCUUUCUCUCUCUCCGUCCCCUCCACUCUCUCUCUCUCUUACUCUCUCUCUCAGCCCCCCCUCCUCUCUCGCUCUCUCUCUCCGUCCCCUCCACUCUCUCUCUGUCCGUCCCCUCCUCUCUCUCUCCGUCCCUCUCUCUCUCUCCGUCCCUCCUCUCUCUUUCUCUCUCUCUCCGUCCCCCCUCUCUCUCGUCCCUCUCUCUCUUUCUCUCUCCGUCUCUCCCGUCCCCACUCUCUCUCUCCCCGUCCCCCUCCUCUCUCUCUCUCUCUCCCCGUCCCCUCCACUCUCUCUCUCCGUUUCCUCUACUUUCUCUCUCACUUUCUCUCUCCGUCCCCCUCCACUCUCUUUCUCCGGCCCCUCCACUCUUUUCUCUCUCUCUCUCUCUCUCUCUCACACACACACACACACUCUUUCUGUAUCACUCUAUGA